UCUCAUCCCAACCUCCAGCGAGAAACGACAUUGCUUCUCUCAAUACACUCGUCGCGGAUUGCCUCGGAACUGAUAAGAUCUCUUGUUUGCCUUCGGUGUAUUUCAUUGUGCUGGUUGCACAAUAGCUUCUCCCGUCGCACUCCCCUCAUCAGCCGCUCCGCUUACUACUUAGCCGGACUUGCAACUCGUAUAAUCACUCCCUUCUCCCAUAACAAGAUAUAGACCUCGGCUCCUGACCCCUAUAUAUUGGGAAGUUGCAUAAAAUAUCUUUGUGCCAACAAAAUACUUGUGUCCAAAUCUCACAACAAGAAACCAUCAUGUCUGGCCCGCCGUCUCGCCUCAAGAGUAUCCUGGGCCACCUCCUCCCCUCCCAGGCCUCGACCUCAUCAGCCAAGACCGGGCAAACAUGGCAACACAGCCACCACAUACACACCCUCUCGCCCACCUUCUUCCUCCCGCGGGCCGCAUCCAUCGAGCCCCAGGCCGAGGCGAUGGUCCACAUCACCGCCAACGGCUCCGUCCUGCGCAGGACCUACCAGGAGUUUGCGGACCGCGCCAGGGGGCUCGCCUACUACUUCAAGACCCACGGCUACAAGCGGGUCGGCGUGCUGGCGCCAAACACGCCUGCAUUCUUGGAGUGUAUCUACGGGAUCGUCGCCGGGGGUGCUGUCAUCGUGCCCGUGAAUUACCGGCUGAAGCAGGAUGAUAUCAGCUACAUUUUUGACUUCGCCGACGUGGAUAUCAUUAUUGCCGACUGGGAGUUUGAGGGCCUGCUGGCGUCCUUCAGGAAGCUGAAGCCGGGCGUGAAGAUCAUCAUCGACACGGACACGGAUGCCACUGAAGGAGAGCUAUGUGGGCCCUUUGAUGAGGUUGUGUCUGAGGGCCUGACAUAUGACCGGCAAAACGGCAGUAAGGGCUGGGAUGGCCUGUACAUCUCGGCUGAGGACGAGGAUGAGAUGCUAGCUAUUCCAUUCACAUCGGGGACAACAUCUCGGCCAAAGGGUGUGGUGUAUUCACACCGUGGUUCAUAUUUGGCAGCCAUGGGUAACAUUAUAGAGUCGGGGUUAAAUACCCAAGGCGGACGCUGUAAAUAUCUCUGGACGCUGCCCUUAUUCCACGCCAUAGGAUGGACCUUCCCCUGGUCGGUAGUAGCUGUGCGCGGGACCAACAUCUGCCUGCGCAAGAUCGACUACCCCUUGAUAUGGCGGCUCCUCAAGUCAGAGGGCGUGACGCACUUCAACGCAGCGCCGACUGUCAACACGCUGCUGUGCGCGGACCCCAACGCAGAGCCUCUCGAACGGCCCUGCCAGGUCACAGUCGCGGCAUCACCACCGUCAGGGCACCUGUUCGAGCAGAUGACGAACCUGAACCUGCACCCGGUGCACGUCUACGGCAUGACGGAGACAUAUGGGCCUAUAACAAAGGGCUACAUCAUGCCGGAGUGGGACGCCCUGGACCCCAAGGAAAAGUACCAGCUGAUGGCGCGGCAGGGCCACGGCUUCGUGGCCAGCCUGCCGGUGAGGGUGGUCAAGACAGACCAGCCAGACGAGUCUGUCCUCGUCGACGUCGCCAGGGACGGCAAGGAGAUCGGCGAGAUCGUCUUCUUCGGCAACAUCUGCUCGCGGGGGUACUACAAGGACCCGGAGGCGACGAGGAAGCUGUUCGCGGGCGGCGGGCUGCACUCGGGCGACCUGGCGGUGCAGCACCCGGACGGGGCGAUCCAGAUCCUCGACCGGGCCAAGGACAUCAUCAUCUCGGGCGGGGAGAACAUCUCGUCGGUCGCGCUCGAGGGCAUGCUCGUCAAGCACCCGGACGUCCUCGAGGCGGGCGUGGUGGCGGUCGCGGACUCGCACUGGGGGGAGAGGCCCAAGGCGUACGUGACGGUGAGGGCGGGCAAGGACGUGGCCGGGAGGGACGUCGUCGACUGGGCCAAGCACCAGAGCCAGAUCUCCAAGUUCAUGGUGCCCCGCGAGGUGGAGAUUGUGGCCGAGCUGCCCAAGACCUCGACGGGCAAGAUCAAGAAGAAUGUCCUGCGGGAGUGGGCGAAGCACGGCCAGCACAAGGAGUAAGCGCCAGAGAGCAGGAUGGUGAAGGUCGGGCCAGUGGAGGGAAAUGUCGAGUAGACCAGGGCACAGAGAUACACACAGCCAUCAGCCCGCUCGUCCGGCUUCAGGCGGGUCGCGAAAAUAGCUCACCAUACAUAGAUCCCACGGGUUGCGUAUCCGAAAAGAAUCACAACAUCUUUUCGGGCCUUUUACA